GAUAAACCACGCCCAGUUGAAGAUGAUCAAGUUUGUCCUUUUAGUGAACAAGCAAGGACAAACUCGUCUCUCCCAGUACUACGAGCACACCAGGAUAGACGAGAGGGUCAAUAUUGAGGCGGACAUAGUGAGGAAGUGUCUGGCUAGAAAUGAAGACCAGUGUUCCUUUAUGGAGUAUAGAAACUUUAAAGUUGUCUACCGGAAGUACGCAUCACUUUAUUUUAUAAUAGCAAUCGACAACACUGAGAACGAGCUCUCAAUUUUAGAGUUUAUUCAUAACGUGGUUGAGACAUACGAUAGAUUCUUUGAUAGUGUGUGUGAACUGGAUAUUAUGUUCAAUAUAGACAAGGCUCACAUGAUACUGGAUGAGAUGAUCAUCAAUGGAGAGAUUACUGAGACCAAUAAAGAUAGAGUACUGGCACCAGUUGCUGUACUGGACAGAGCAGCUGGACAUAAAUAACUAUAAAAUUUGAUUUGUAAUGUUUUUAGUAAUUUUAGCCAUCAUACUGCAUGAUCUGUUCUUUAUUUUAAUGUAAACAAUUAAAAAACACUUUUGAAACACGA